AUGCAGGCUUGCCAGAUCAGCGAGAGGCAUGGCUUUGUGGUUGUGGGUGUUGGGGAUUUUCUUUUGUGGGUGUUGGAUUGGAUUGCAUUUGAACGCAUUGAAUGGUACCAUGGUAGGUACAGUAGGUACGAUAGGUGCUCAUCGGACCGGCGACAAACGGGUUACGCGAUGUAA